AUGGAAUCAACAAGCGUCUGGCAAAUCUACAACGAGAUGAACGAUGAACCUAAUUCGAAUGCCAGCAAUUUGGAUGCACAUAACGGUUCCGACGAAUUCAAGUCCAAUCACACUGGUCCCCCGGAACUAAUGUUGCAGCAAAACUUCACGGUCAUUAUUGUGUACAGUGCAUUGUUCGUGGUCGCCGCCAUUGGAAAUCUUACGGUUUUCAUCUCGUUGUUUCGGUCGCGGCAUCGGAAAUCGCGGAUUAGUUUGAUGAUCAGACACUUGGCCAUCGCCGAUUUGAUCGUCACCUUCAUCAUGAUCCCCAUUGAAGUUGGCUGGAGAUUAACGGGACGCUGGAUUGCCGGAAAUGUGGCCUGCAAAGUAUUCCUGUUUCUAAGAGCUUUCGGUCCCUACCUAAGCAGCAAUGUCCUCGUGUGUGUCUCAUUGGAUCGCUACUUUGCCGUACUGCACCCACUCAGGGUGAACGACGCACGUCGACGAGGGAAAGUUAUGCUGGCGUUCGCUUGGGGCACAUCAUUCAUCUACUGUUUUCCUCAGAGUUUCGUCUUUCGGGUGCAAAAACAUCCCGAGUACCCCCAGUAUGAGCAGUGCGUGUCAUUUGGAUUUUUCACUUCGACUUCUCAAGAAAUUGCGUAUAAUUUAAUGUCUGUGAUGUUUUUGUACUUUAUACCUUUAUUUGUGAUUGUAAUCGCGUACACCGCUAUUAUGUGUGAAAUCUCGAAAAACUCCAAAGAAACAAGAGAUGCUUCCAAAGUUUGCAAUUCAAGUUCAGAAGAAGGAUCGUAUCGAACGUCUAAUGGGAGAAUGAGAUUAAGAAGAUCCGACAUAACAAAUAUUGAGAGAGCAAGGAGCAGAACCUUACGAAUGACUAUUACGAUUGUUGUUGUAUACGUUAUGUGCUGUACUCCAUAUGUGAUUAUUACAUUAUGGUAUAUGUUCGACAGAGAUAGUGCAAAACGUCUUCCAGAUUGGCUACAGGAUACAUUUUUUAUGAUGGUUGUGUCCAAUAGCUGCAUGAAUCCUAUAGUUUAUGGUAGUUACGUGCUCAACUUCACCAGAUCCAAAUGCUGCUGUUGCAAAAAGGGUUCGAACGAUGUCAAUCUUAACAAUUGCGAGGAACAGGCGGCAGCUGGGCGUGAUACAAACAGAAGAUUAGCUGGGAGAGUAAUAAAGGGUGUCCUUAGUUUUCGUAAAGUGGGUUCAGGAGCAACCAGAAGUACUACAAUGCACGGCAACAACGUUAUAUCACGAUCACCAACUCCCAAAACACUCAUAAACAACGUGACCCAUAUUAAAAAGGGUCGCUUGCCGGAUCGACCCCCUAGCGUGGGUCACAUUUCGUUUCUGGAUGAGCCUGGCAGCAGAGGUUACAGGCAAACCUUCCACAGCGAUCCGUGUUCGUCGCCCUAUUUUUCCGAGUCGAGAGGUCUAGAUAUCGCUUACCAAUGUGCUGAUUACACGAAUUCGGAGCCGAACAUGUCGCCCAAGUGCAACAUCAAAAUGAAUAUUAACAGAGCCGAAGUAUAUUACAACAGGGAACGGACGAGGACUCGGUACAUAUAG